UCAUGGCCGGAUGACCAUUUGGAGAUUGGUGAUUUGUCAGCGAGAACCAUAACACGUGUGUUUGAAUUUCUGUAACAAUGCAAGGAUCAGGUUUAGGAAGUGCAGUUGCCUGGAGGUUCACUUGGUAAUAAGCAUAAAUCAAAACACAGAAGACACAAGAAGUACAGUUGGACCUUUUGAGGAAGACUGAUCAUUUUAAAAUGAUUACAACGUUUCAAAAUCUUCAAAAAGCUGCUCACCAUGGUGCCAAUCCUUAUGCCAUCAAUGUUCUCCAGACCAAGAGGAAGGAUCUAAUUUAUGGGAUUUUGAACACAGCUGACCUGCUUGGUCACACUGUUAGAGAAGGCAUUCUUACAUCAAAGAAGAAAUCGAUUAUUUUAGCAAUGAGAACUCGGCAUGAACAAAACUCAAGGAUUUUAGACGUAAUUGAAGCAAAUGGUGAACGGGCCUGUCGCAAGUUUAUUCAUCCAUGUCUAAUGAGGGCAGAACCAGAGCUAUAUUACCAAAUCUGUGAAUAUGUAAUGACUGUGUAUGAGCAUAUUCGAGACGCACGGAGGCAGCUGAUUGGAUAUUUACUAGAGCAGGACCAGGAAAUAAUACAUGAAGUUAUGAAGAGACCAGUCAAUCAAAGGAAUAAUGCUGUGCUUGUUUUGAAAGAAAGCAGUUUCAAGAAAGAAAACAAGGUGCCACAACUGGAACUCGCUAUAACCAAACCAGUAAAACCUGUUGAUUUAGAAGUGAUUGGAAAAACAGAAGAAAUAACAAAUGAUGACACGUACACUUUUGAUGCCAAGACACAAACCAGUGCAGAGCUAAUUAUCCAACCAGAAGCUGAAAACCUGGGGACUACUAGAAGUACUGAGGCAAUGGAGGAACAGACUUUGACACAAGAUACUGCAGAAAAUACAGUUAAAGAUACCAUGAACCUCCACAGAGCUGCUCAGGACGGUGACUGGUAUCAAGUGGAGCGUUUGGUUGAAAAUGGGGCACAGAUUGAAGCUAGAGAUUGUCAGAAUAAAACUGCAUUAUUUUAUGCAGUUGCAGAAGGCCAUGAAAAUGCUGUCAUUGCUCUUCUAAAAGCUGGGGCAAAGAUAGAUUAUGAGAUUAUAAAUGAAGCAACAAAGCACAGUUCAGUCUUAAAGAUGCUUUUUGAUAACACCAGAGAAGCAGUGAGUGAGGAGGACCUAAACUCUGCAGUCUUCUCCACCGUGAGACAGAACAAAGACAAAACCCUCUUAACACUAAUUGAUAAUGGAGGAAAUGUAAACAUCUUGGACAACCAAGGAUACACUCCCCUUCUACUAUCUGCAGAGAUGGGGCAUUCAGAAGCCUUCAGAGUCCUAUUAGAGAAACAGGCCAAUCCAGAGGCUUUACUUUCCGAUCAUUUGUCAGUCUUGCAUUUGGCUGCAAAGAGUGGUAGUGUGCCCAUAGUGGAGGAGCUUCUAAAAAAGGGAGUGAACCUGGACACUAUUGGCCCUAAAGCACAGACUCCUUUGCAUCUGGCAGCAAUGUUACCCAGCUCGGACAUUGUUCAACUUUUGCUGGCAGCUGGAGCUCAAAUUAAUUCAGCAGCCCAGGAUGGAGUCACGCCACUGCAUGUAGCCAGUCAACAUGGAAAUGAAGAUAUAACAGCAUAUCUUCUAAAAAAUAAGGCUAAAAUUGAGGCAGAGGACAAGCUCGGGAGAACUGCUCUGCACUGGGCGGCUAUAGCUCCAAAAGAAAGCAACAUAGUGAGCAUGUUGCUAUCAUUUAAGGUUAAUGUAAAUGCUCUUGAUAAUGAAAAGAGAAGUGCCUUACAUCUCGCAGCAACUGAGGGAAAACUUCAAAAUGUGACUUCAUUGUUGUCCCACAAAGCCAAGGCAGGGGCUAAAGACAAGAACGGCUGUACACCUAUGCACUACGCAGCAGCUGGAGGCCAUGUCAGCAUCGUUUCAGCUCUCUUACAGUCACUGAAAAAGAAAAACAUAGAUGAGAGGAAUAUAUGGAAGAAAACACCACUACACAUUGCAGCGGAGAAAGGCCAUGACAAUGUAAUUACGCUGCUUCUAGAGGCUGGUGCAAAGAUCAACUCCACAGACCAAAAUAAAGACACCCCAUUACACUGCGCAGUGCGAGGUGGGCAUCAGGAAGCAGUGAAGAGGCUGGUGGAAUGGGGACAGGGCAGCAGUCGUAUGAAGAAAGCUGAUCUCCAGGCAAUAAACAGUGUGGGGAAGACAGUACUGCAGCUAGCACAGAAUGGAGGCACACCAGAGCAUGAGAACAUUGCAACUUUAUUGAAGAGAAAGAUGUUUUUAGUGAAGUAGUGAAUUAUGUAAAUUGAUUCACUGAUAUAUUAGAUAAGAUAGCUGGAGUAGAUUUGCUAACACUUACUUAAUCUUUGAGUCUAUGCUUUGGAAAUGCCAAAAUCUGUGCAUUAUUUGACAUCUUCUCUGUUCAGUUCCAAUACAUAUAUCUUUGUAAAUACCAGCACACAACAAACACAAAACACAUUUGAUUGUACGAGUGAAAGACAUUUGCCUUCAGUUAUGAAAAAAAAAAAAAAAAAAAA